AUGUCCCUGGCAGCUGUAAAAAUAUUUAUGAGAGUUGGGAAGAACGAGAGGGCUCGUACUAAGCAGAUGGUGUGCAAGUCAAUGGGUGAGAAGAUACCCCGCAAGCAGCUGGCCACCAAGGUGGCCCACAAGAGCAUGCCAGCCACGGGCGGUGUGAAGAAGCCGCACCGCUUCCAGCCCGACACAGUGGCGCUACUUGAGAUCCGCUGCUACCAGAAGUCCACCGAGCUGCUCAUCCGCCAGUUGCCGUUCCAGCGGCUGGUGCGUGAGAUCCCGCAGGACUUCAAGACUGACCUUUGCUCCCAGAGCUCAGCCAUCAUGGUGCUGCAGAAGGCGUGUGAGGCCUACCUGGUGGGGCUCUUCCAGGACACCAACCUCUGCAUAUUCCCCGUCAAGUGCAUCACCAUUUUGCCCAAGGACAUCCAGCAGGCGUGCCACAUCCAGAGA